AUGGCAAAUGGUAUUGGUAGGUGCUUACAUGAGUGGGGGAUAAAUAAGAUCUUCACCGUCACAGUUGAUAAUGUAAGCUCAAAUGAUGUGACAAUAAAAGAAUUGUCUAAGCAAUUAACAAAAAUGGGAACUAAUUUGAUGAAUGGUACUCACCUUCACGUGAGAUUUAUGGCUCACAUCAUGAAUCUUGUGGUCCAGGAUGGUUUAAAAGAAUCUUCAGUGUCUAUUGAACAUGUUAGACAUGCAGUGAGAUAUGUUAGGCAGUCUCCUGCGAGGUUGAAGAGGGCUGUUGAAUUUGAAAGUGCAUUUUCACAUUAUGCUUCUAGUGAAAUUGGUUUGAGACAUUAUCUUGAGCAUUCUUAUAUUGAUGUUGGAAUUCCUACAGGUGAACUUUUGAGUAGUGAUUGGGAGAAUGUAAAAAGAAUUACAAAGUUUCUUGAAAUCGUCUAUCUUCUUACUUUGAAGAUAUCUGGAUCACGUUAUGUUACAUCGAAUAUUCAUUUUCUUGAAACUUGCACAGUUGUUGUUUAUUUGAAGCAAUUGAUAGCAAAUGAAGAUACAAUUUUAAGUGAAAUGACAAAGAAUAUGAAAGAAAAGUUUGAUAAGUAUUGGGGUGAUCGAGGAAAAAUGAAUAAGAUAAUUUUUAUCUCAUGUAGUUUGGAUCCAUGUUACAAGCUCGAAUCAGUUAGCUAUGCACUUGUAAAGAUGUUUGGUGUAGAUCUGGGGGCAACUAUACAAGCAGAAGUGACGAAGUACAUGACUUCAUUAUUUAGUGAGUAUUCAAGCAAGCACCCAAAAUAUAGGACUUUUAGAAUCACUCAUACAAGAUAUAAAAAAUAUAAAAGUGGGAGUGGAGGUGUUGAUACUAGAACAGAGUUAGAUAAAUAUGUAGGUGAAGAAACUGAGGAUGACACUAAAGAAUUUGAUGUUCUUCUUUGGUGGAAAUUGAACUCAGCUAGAUUUCCUAUUCUUGAGGAGAUGGCUCAUGAUGUAUUAGCUGUUCCGAUUUCAAGUCUGGCAUCUGAAUAUUGGCUUCGAAAUAAAAAAUUAAAACAACCUGUUAGUGUUGAGGAAGAUCUUGAUAAAAUCGAGCAGCUUGAACAAGAUUUAUCCAGCAAUGGAAAAGACCUUUCCAUAAUUGACGUGUAG